AUAGAUCUCCACGAAACUGUGCUUGAUGAAGAACAAUGGAACGUCGAACCAUGGGAGAGGUCACCCAUACAAGUCGCUGCUGAGCAGGGAGAUAUCGCCUUAUUUGAGAUGCUUCUAAGACUUGGAGCCGACAUCAACGAGCCACCAAUCACUAACCAUGGAGGUCUUACGGCACUUCAAGCUGCUUCUAUCAAGGGAUACUUUGGUCUCGUUAGCAAAAUACUAGACUUGCAUGCUGAUCCAAACGCACCCGGAGCUGAGAUUGAGGGACGAACAGCAUUGGAAGGAGCAGCCGAGCACGGUAGAUUGGACGUCGUGCAACUACUACUCAACUCGGGGGUUCAAACGUGCGGCGAUGGUCGACGUCGGUAUGUCCGCGCCAUUGAGUUUGCUCGUCGGGAAGGUCACCACGCUGUUGUGACGCUUCUCAAAUCCCAUCGGCCUUGGACCGAAGCUGACCAGGAGGUCCUUGAGGACAAGACCCUGUUGUACUACAACCAGAGUCCUGAAGGCAUUGCAAAGCUC